CAUCAUGCCCGUUUCAGAAACAUGGCGGCUGAGUAGUAUACAUAACAUCCAUCCGAUGCCUUUGCGGAUUUGUUCGCGCCACUUGAGACUGGAUAUAAAUAACUAGUUGUGUUGACGUGGAUUUUGAAACAAUGCCGAAAUAUUACGAGGACAAAGAGCCGGAUUACAGAGCCUGCGCCGGCAUCAGAGAAGACUUUAAGGAAUGUCUGCUCCGGCACGACUGCGUCGUCAAGGAGGGGAAGCUGCCCAGUGAGUGUUUGAAGGAGGGCCACUGCAAGGCCCUGCAGACGUCCUUCUUUGAGUGCAAGAGGUCAAUGCUGGACACAAGGUCAAGAUUCAGAGGAAGGAAAGGAUAUUGAGAAACCAAUGUAACGCUGAUGUUGCCAAGUGGUUGAGCGAAUACUGGAGGUUCAGCUGUAAAUACUUGGGGUGCUGUUCGGGGCUCGGUGCAUGUGCGGCUUAAAAACCUCAUCGGAAGGAAGUACUUCAAGCGAGCAGGCAUCAAAUGACAACCAAACAUAAAAGACCAACGCACACUGUCACUCAACAGGAUACCAACUCAUCAGUAAAAUGCAGCGCUGGGAGAAGAAAAAAAACAGACUGUCACUGACAGGGGCGUCAAGCAUUUAGAUUUUCCUUCUGUUAAUGUAUUUUAUUAUUUUUUGACGAAUGAAUGCGUGUUUAAGAUAUUAAAAACAGUAAAAAUCAAUAAAAAAAAGACUUUAUAUCAAAA